CGAAUUCUUAUCAUCUCAGGAUGUUAUAGUUACUGGAAAGAUUCGAGGAUGUAAUGAAAGUAAAGUUCUACAAACUUAUGAGGAAGAACAAUUAGCAUUUGGUCCAGACGGAAAUGCUAUAAUAAUUAUUAUACAUAAUAAUUCAUGUGAACAAAUAAAAUUCGAGGACUUAGAACUGAACUUGGUGAUGAGGAAAGGAAAUGAACUGUCAUAUUUUGUGUUAUCGAAGAAGAAUGAAGCAACGUGGAAUUCUAGCUGGCAAGCAUAA